GAUGGCGGCGCCCUGCUGCUAAAACUCUCCUGCUGAUGAAAACUGUACUGUACUAAAAAUAACAAACUCAGUAUCGACUACACAUACAUUAUUUCAUAACUGCGGAACCCGGGUAAUCUUCGAAAAGUUCAUUUUAAGGAAGAUAUAAUGGCGGCUUCUUGCAAACCAAAAGAUUCAGCCAAACCCGAGGACCAAGGAAAAGACGAGUGUACAGACACGGAGGAUGUAAACACAAGCUCAGUCCCGGGUGAAAUGUCAUCGUCUGGUUUCCAUCACAGUGAGAAUCACACAGAACUGGCCAAUGAUUUGAUUUACUUCUGCUCUCUGUGUGGAAAGGGUUUUACCAAAAAGGGUCAUCUUAAACAGCACCAUCUAAUACACACGGGAGAGAAGCCACAUCAGUGCUCGCAGUGCGGGAAGAUGUUUAUACAGAAAAGCAACCUGAAAAAGCACCUUCGCACUCACACUGGAGAGAAGCCGUACGAAUGCUCACAGUGCGGGAAGUGUUUCACGCGACACAGCCCUUUUAAAAACCACCAGCGGAGUCACACCGGAGAGAAGCCGUAUCACUGCUCACCGUGUGGGAAGAGUUUUACUCUGCAGAGUUCGUUUAAGAGACACCAGCUCAUUCACAACGGAGAGAAGCCGUAUUACUGCACACAGUGUGGGAAAAGCUUUACGCGACACAGUAAUCUGAAAAGCCACCACCGUGUUCACACGGGAGAGCAGAUGUACUGCUGCAUACAGUGCGGGAAGCGCUUUAAAGAAAUGGCUACUUUAAAAACCCACCAGCUGAUUCACACGGGAGAGAAGCCGCAUUACUGCACGCAGUGCGGGAUGAGUUUCAGGGAGCUGAGUCAUUUAAGAACGCACCAGCGCAUCCACGCGAGAGAGGAGCCUCAUUACUGCUCGCAGUGCGGGAUGAGUUUUCGAGAGUUGAGCCAUUUGAAAACACACCAGCGCAUUCACACUGGAGAAAAGUCGCAUUACUGCUCGCAGUGCGGAAUGAGCUUCAGAGAGCUGAGUCAUUUAAAAACGCACCAGCGCAUUCACGCAGGGGGGAAGCCAUAUUACUGCUCACAAUGCGGGAUGAGUUUCAGAGAGUUGAGCCAUUUAAAAACGCACCAGCGGAUCCACGCCAAAGCGAAGCCGCAUUACUGCCCCCAGUGCGGGAUGAGUUUUAGAGAACUGAGCCAUUUAAAAACACAUCAGCGCAUCCACACGGGAGAGAGGCCGUAUCACUGCUCACAAUGCGGGAAGAGCUUUAAACAACAUGGAUCUUUUAAGGCACACCAGCGCGUUCACACAGGAGAGAAGCAGUGACCGUGAGCAUAGCGUGCAACGAGUUUUACACAGCAUACUGUACCCACAGGAGCGAAACAUCUUUACUGCUCAAAAGUGUUACGCAAUCCGCUCCUUUUAACAGAACAGAAGCCGUACUAUCACAGCGUUGGUGGUGUUUACGUUAUUUAUGUGUUGAAUAGGAGUUGACUAUCUGAAUCGUAAUGUAAACCACAGGUUACCACCUCGCUUCUGAAGAGCUGUAAGAGCAGGGGUAGUUUAGUGGUUAAGAUGUUGAAGGUCACAGGUUCAAUACCCAACAUCACCCCAGCUGCCAAUGUUGGGCUUAGAGUAAGGUCCCUAACCCUCACCUGCUCAACUGUAUGAUGAGAUAAAAGUAAUUCACUCUGGAAAAGGGGGUCUGCCAAAAUGCAAUAAGACCUGGGACAGGUAGAGGGGUACCAUAUUGACGGAAGAGUACAAGCGAAAAGAAGAUUGCGGUUGAAUCGUUAUUUAUAUGUAAACAAAUUAUGAGUAAUUUAAAUGUUUCAUGUUUUCUAAAUGGCACUUUUUGGUAUCAUUCUUUUCAGUAGCUGGAUCCUAAAUAUUGGAUUCAUCUCAAUGUAUCUGUUGAUUUACAAUUUAUUAUACACUCACCGGCCACUUCAUUAGGUACACCGUGCAAAGACUGGGCUUUAAUUCUUCAUGGCGUAGAUUCAACAAGGUGCUGGAAACAUGCCUUAGAGAUUUUGUUCCAUGUAGACAGGAUAGCCUCAUCCAAUCUCCUGUUCCACCACAUCCUAAAUGUGCUCUAUUAGACUGAGGUCUGGUGACUGCGGGGCCUUUUGAAAUUAUUUUCAUUUGACAUUAAGCGGCCCAAGAAGGUCUCCCCCACACAUCCUGAUACAAGGCAGGAUGGAACUAAUGUUUUUUUCAUGCCAAAUUCUGACCCUAGCAUUAAGGGGGUCAGAAAUCGAGACCUAUCACACCAGGCAACAUUUUUUCAAUUUGAUGUUGUUCAAUUUUGGUGAUCGAGUCUGGCCAUUCUCCUCUGACCUCUGGCAUCAACAAGGCAUUUUCGCCAAGAGUUCUUACUAAACCCUAGAGAUGGUUGUGCAUGAAAAUCCCAGUGGAUCAGCAGUUUCGGAAAUACUCAGACCGGCCUGUCUUGAACCAAUACCCAUGCCAUGUUCAGAGUCACUUGAAUCACCUUUCAUUCCCCUUCUGAUGCUCACUUUAAAUUUCAGCAGAUUGUCUUGAACGUGUCUACGUGCCUAAAUGCAUUGAGUUGCUGCCAUGUGAUUGGCUGCUUUAGAUAUUUGCAUUUAUGAGUAGUUGAACAGAUGGUUAACGAUGUAGCCGGUGAGUGUAAAUAGCCAGUUUUAAAGCAACUGGUUAUGAUUUGAUUUAUAAGUUAGAUUUCAUUCUGUUCAUUUUGACUGUCAAGAAAAAAUUUAUGCAAUUAUCUCUACUUACAAAAUACUUCUGUAAUAAAAUAAUGGUUUGGAUGUUUGAACUACAGUAUACAGUUAUAUUGUUUUAUCAUUUUUCUUUAUAAAAGCUUGCAGUAGAAACUGGUCAUACAAUGUUUGCAUAGCCUAAAACAAAUAUAUAGUUUACGCAGAUUAUCUGUAAGGUCAGGAUUUAACGGAGCCCUGUAAGUCACCUAGAGA